AUGGCAACGGGGGCCAUGGCAACGGGGGCCAUGGCAACGGGGGCCAUGGCAACGGGGGUGCAUAGCAACGGGGGCCAUAGCAACGGGGGCCAUGGCAACGGGGGCCAUGGCAACGGGGGCCAUGCAACGGGGGUGCAUAGCAACGGGGGCCAUGGCAACGGGGGCCAUGGCAACGGGGACCAUGGCAACGGGGACCAUGGCAACCAACUGCUCCCCAUCAUCACCCCCAUGUCCCCAUGGCGGGGGGGUCACCACCUGGGGGGCCGGGGAGCCGGGGGGGGCCCUCGGCAGGGUGCCCCCCCCGGGGCGCAGCGGCUCUACAAGCAGUCCAUGGCCCAGCGCGCCCGCACCAUGGCCCUGUACAACCCCAUCCCGGUGCGCCAGAACUGCCUCACCGUCAACCGCUCGCUCUUCCUCUUCAGCGAGGACAACGUGGUGAGGAAAUACGCCAAAAAGAUCACCGAAUGGCCUCCUUUUGAAUACAUGAUUUUAGCCACCAUCAUCGCCAACUGCAUCGUCCUGGCGCUGGAGCAGCACCUGCCCGACGAGGACAAGACCCCCAUGUCGGAGCGGCUGGACGACACGGAGCCGUAUUUCAUCGGCAUCUUCUGCUUCGAGGCGGGGAUCAAGAUCAUCGCGCUGGGCUUCGCCUUCCACAAAGGCUCCUACCUGCGCAACGGCUGGAACGUCAUGGACUUCGUGGUGGUGCUCACGGGGUGAGGGGCCCGGGGGACACCGGGGACACCGGGGGACGCGGGGGGACACCGGGGGAUGCGGCACCCCCCAAAAUCGCCCCAAAUUCGCCCGGCAGGUCUGCAGGUGGUGCUGAAGUCCAUCAUGAAGGCGAUGAUCCCGCUGCUGCAGAUCGGGCUCCUGCUCUUCUUCGCGAUCCUCAUCUUCGCCAUCAUCGGCCUGGAGUUCUACAUGGGCAAAUUCCACACCACCUGCUUCGACCUGGUCACAGACGAGAUCAAGGUGGAGGUCCCGUGCGGGACGGACGAGCCGGCGCGGAUCUGCCCCAACGGCACCAAGUGCAAGAAGUACUGGGAGGGGCCCAACUACGGCAUCACGCAGUUCGACAACAUCCUCUUCGCCGUGCUCACCGUCUUCCAGUGCAUCACCAUGGAAGGCUGGACCGACCUCCUCUACUAUGUGAGCGGGGCCGGCUGCCCGCCCGGUGCCGCCCGGUGCCGCCCGGUGCUGCCCCGGUGCCGCCCGGUGCCGCCCGGUGCUCCCCCGGUGUUGUCCGACGAGAUCAAGGUGGAGGUCCCGUGCGGGACGGACGAGCCGGCGCGGAUCUGCCCCAACGGCACCAAGUGCAAGAAGUACUGGGAGGGGCCCAACUACGGCAUCACGCAGUUCGACAACAUCCUCUUCGCCGUGCUCACCGUCUUCCAGUGCAUCACCAUGGAAGGCUGGACCGACCUCCUCUACUAUGUGAGCGGGGCCCGCUGCCCGCCCGGUGCUCCCCCGGUGCCCCUCCGUGCUCCCCGGUGCUCCCCCGGUACUGUCCGGUGCUCCCCGGUGCCCCCCCGGUGCUCCCCGGUGCCCCUCCGGUGCUGCCCGCUGCCCGCCCAGUGCCGCCCAGUGUCGUCCAGACGGCCGCCCCCCUGUGCCCCCCCUGCGGGAGCUCUCCGGAGGGCCACCAGCAAGAGGAGCAAGACGGACCUGCUGAGCCCCGAGGAGGGCGAGGAGCAGCUGGGGGACAUCGCCGCCAUGGGGUCCCCUUUCGCCCGUGCCAGCCUCAAAAGUGCCAAGCUGGAGAGCGCCACGUUCCUGGGGCGGCGGGAGCGGCGCGUGCGCUUCCACAUCCGGCGCAUGGUGAAAACUCAGGCCUUCUACUGGACCGUGCUCAGUCUGGUAGCGCUCAACACCCUGUGUGUUGCUAUCGUUCACUACGACCAGCCAGAUUGGCUUUCCGACUUCCUCUGGUCCCCUUUCGCCCGUGCCAGCCUCAAAAGUGCCAAGCUGGAGAGCGCCACGUUCCUGGGGCGGCGGGAGCGGCGCGUGCGCUUCCACAUCCGGCGCAUGGUGAAAACUCAGGCCUUCUACUGGACCGUGCUCAGUCUGGUAGCGCUCAACACCCUGUGUGUUGCUAUCGUUCACUACGACCAGCCAGAUUGGCUUUCCGACUUCCUCUAUUCCCCCCCUGAACCCCUCCAGCUCCUGGGACCCCCCCCUCAUUUUUGGCCCAAGCUGGAGAGCGCCACGUUCCUGGGGCGGCGGGAGCGGCGCGUGCGCUUCCACAUCCGGCGCAUGGUGAAAACUCAGGCCUUCUACUGGACCGUGCUCAGUCUGGUUAUCAUCGGAAGCAUCUUCGAGGUGAUCUGGGCCGUUGUGAAGCCGGGAACUUCCUUUGGGAUCAGCGUGCUGCGAGCUCUCAGGUUACUGCGCAUCUUCAAAGUCACCAAGAAGGAGCAGCAGAAGAACCAGAAAUCCUCCAAGUCGGUGUGGGAGCAGCGCACGAGCGAGCUGCGCAAGCAGAACCUGCUGGCGAGCCGCGAGGCUCUCUACAGCGAGCUGGACCCCGAGGAGCGCUGGAAGGUUCCCUACGCUCGCCACCUGCGCCCGGACAUGAAGACGCACCUGGACCGGCCGCUGGUGGUGGACCCGCAGGAGAACCGCAACAACAACACCAACAAGACGCGGCCGGGCGAGCCCCCGCCGGGCGAGCCGCGCUUCGUGAACAGGAACGCCAACCCCGAGCCGCUGCCCCGCAAGGAGGAGGAGGAGAAGAAGGAGGAGGAAGGCGAGGGGCAGGACGAGAACGGCCCCAAGCCCAUGGUGCCCUACAGCUCCAUGUUCAUCCUGUCCACCACCAACCCGUUCCGCCGGCUGUGCCACUACAUCGUGAACCUGCGCUAUUUCGAGAUGUGCAUCCUCAUGGUGAUCGCCAUGAGCAGCAUCGCGCUGGCGGCCGAGGACCCGGUGCAGCCCAACGCGCCCCGCAACAACGUGAGCCCCCUCCCCAAAUUCCGUGCGACCCCUCCCCAAAUCCUGCCCAACGCGCCCCGCAACGAGCAGCUCACGGUAAAUCCUUCAGCCUUCGUCUCCCUCCUCGUCCUCGUCCUCGUCCUCUUCCUCGUGCUCGUGCUCGAGCAGCUCACGGUAAAUCCUUCAGCCUUCGUCUCCCUCCUCGUCCUCGUCCUCGUCCUCUUCCUCGUGCUCGUGCUCCAACCCCGCUCCCCUCAGGCCGUGUUCGACUGCGUGGUGAACUCGCUCAAGAACGUGCUCAACAUCCUCAUCGUCUACAUGCUCUUCAUGUUCAUCUUCGCCGUGGUGGCCGUGCAGCUCUUCAAGGGCAAGUUCUUCUACUGCACCGACGAGUCCAAGGAGUUCGAGAAGGACUGCAGGGGCGAGUACCUGGUCUACGAGAAGGACAACGAGGUGAAGGCGCAGAAGCGCGAGUGGAAGAAGUACGAGUUCCACUACGACAACGUGCUCUGGGCGCUGCUGACGCUCUUCACCGUCUCCACCGGAGAGGGCUGGCCGCAGGUGCUCAAGCACUCGGUGGACGCCACGUACGAGAACCAAGGGCCCAGCCCCGGGUACCGCAUGGAGAUGUCCAUCUUCUACGUCGUCUACUUCGUGGUCUUCCCCUUCUUCUUCGUCAACAUCUUCGUGGCCCUCAUCAUCAUCACCUUCCAGGAGCAGGGCGACAAGAUGAUGGAGGAGUACAGCCUGGAGAAGAACGAGAGAGCCUGCAUCGACUUUGCCAUCAGCGCCAAGCCGCUGACGCGGCACAUGCCCCAGAACCGCCAGAGCUUCCAGUACCGCAUGUGGCAGUUCGUGGUGUCCCCUCCCUUCGAGUACACCAUCAUGGCCAUGAUCGCCCUCAACACCAUCGUGCUCAUGAUGAAGUUCUACGACGCCUCCGACACCUACGAGAACGUGCUCAAGAUGUUCAACAACGUCUUCACCUCCCUCUUCUCCCUCGAGUGUCUCCUCAAGAUCAUGGCCUUCGGGGUCCUGAAUUACUUCCGCGACGCCUGGAACGUCUUCGACUUCGUGACGGUGCUGGGCAGCAUCACCGACAUCCUGGUGACGGAAUUCGGGAACAACUUCAUCAACCUGAGCUUCCUGCGGCUGUUCCGCGCCGCGCGCCUCAUCAAGCUGCUGCGCCAGGGCUACACCAUCCGCAUCCUGCUCUGGACCUUCGUCCAGUCCUUCAAGGUGCCCCCCAAAAACCCCCCCAAAACCCCCCCCCUGCCCCCCCAGACAGCUGCCCGGCCCCCGCAGGUGUUUGGGAACAUCGGCAUCGAGGAGGAGGAUGAUGAGUCGGCCAUCACCCAGCACAACAACUUCCGCACCUUCUUCCAGGCGCUGAUGCUGCUCUUCAGGAGUGCCACCGGCGAGGCGUGGCACGAGAUCAUGCUGUCGUGCCUCAGCGGCAAGCCGUGUGACGAGAACUCGGGCAUCAAGGAGGACGAGUGCGGCAACGAGUUCGCCUACUUCUACUUCGUGUCCUUCAUCUUCCUCUGCUCCUUCCUGGUCAGCGCCCGCGGGGUCCCCAGAGUGCCACCAACGUGUCCCCAGCGUGUCCCCAAAACCCCCAAAACUGCCGGUCCCGGUUUUGGGGGGGGGGCCCGCCCCCCACUAACGUGUGUCUCUUGCAGCGGGCGCAUCCACUACCGGGACAUGUACAGUUUGUUGCGCGUGAUCUCCCCCCCCCUGGGGCUGGGCAAGAAAUGCCCCCAUAGGGUGGCCUGCAAGGUUCGCCGCCCCCUCCCCAAAUGAAUUUUUGAAACCAAAACCCCCCCUCGGUCCCCCCCCCGGGGCUGGAAUGCGCUUCCCGGCGCCGGAUAUACAUCAUAUAUGGGCCGAUGAUAUAUGUCAUGUAUAUGUCACACAGCCCCUC